AUGUUGGAACAACAGAGUUAUCCAUAUAUGCUCCCUCAGCGUAUUCAUUUUCAAGAUGGCGAUGGGACGGAUGAAUUCAUAGAAUUUAUGAAACACCGCCCCGAACUCCGCCUUGAAUCAAUUCAAUCUGAUUUUGCUACUUUAACAGAAAUAUAUGAAAAAGACCCAUCUUUGAUUCUGAGGAUCCAACAGAUAUCGUUGUUCUUUCACGGAGACCCGGUAGACUUCUCGUUAAGAAUUGCAAACAUACCCUUUCCAAUAUAUGGCGUUUCCACUUCCGGUACCCAAGAGUACGGCAAUCACCAGUUUUACUUGGAAAAAUUCCCGCUGGUAAGGUGUCUAGACCAACUCGCUUCCCUAAACAUCGGGGACAAUAUCGACCCAGAGGAAUUGAAAUAUCUCACACGCAGUCUAAAAGUUCUUAGAAUUGAGAUGGACUCUAAUCCCGCCAUAUUUAAACCAUUUUUACCUGAAACAUUAGUGACUCUUGAAAUUACAUUUUCACUUGGGCCUAGGUAUGAAACAAUGAUCGAAUUUGACAUUGGUGGCCUAAAAAACUUGAAGAAAUUAAGUUGUCUGUAUAUGAAAUUGAAAGACUUUUCUAGUUUGAAAGCUCCUAACCAAAUCGAGAGCUUGUACAUAUAUUCUAUGGAGCUUGAGAGCUUGCAUGGCAUUGAAAAAUAUACGAAACUUACUGACCUAGAUUUAACUAUUACAGAUCUCGAUCCAUAUUCGAUUUUAGAUUGCAAUUUGCCGGAUUCCAUCCAAAGAUUGUGUUUACAAUUGUCAAGUGAGACUGCUCAACUUUCUGACGAUGCCGACGCUGAAAUGAGACGGAUACCAAAUCCGAGACCGCCCAUUCGGCUUCCACCUAAGGUUAGGAGUUUUAUUAUUAACUCCUCAGUAAUAUUCUUCCCCCAGGAUUACAUAUUCCCUGAUUCAUUGAAGAUUCUUUGUUUAUCAGCUCAUAUAAUGCCUUAUGUACCUCGCCUUCCUCCGAAUUUGAUAGCACUCAGGCUCAGUUGCCGACAUAAACUUACCCUUCCAGAACCAUUACCCAGAUCCUUGGUCUAUUUACAGACGUCCUUCCUACCAAAAAAUGAAGAUUUUCUUGCCAACCUACCAAAUUUAACCCGGUUUGAAUAUAGCCUGAUAUAUAAGCAUCUUUCGGACUUUGAAUAUCAAUUGCCGGAUAGCUUAAGAACUUUAGAUUUGGGUAUGAACAGCUUAAGUCAUUUGAAAUUGCAAGAUUCUAAUUUAAGUAGAAUUGACUUGUCUUCGAAUAAGUUCUUUGGCUUCGAAGAGCUCGAGCUACCAGAUACAGUUCAGGAGUUGGCUUUGAAAUAUCAACCACUUGCGGUACUUCCAAACGACAGGUUUAGACUACCGGCCAACCUAACUCGUCUCGAUCUAUCAGCUUGCCAAAUAGACACAGAAUCAUUCAAGAGAAUGAAGCUAGAAACAUUAAGCCAUUUGUCCAAGCUUACGUUGGCAGAAAACUAUAUCACAGAAUUAAAACCAGGUUUUCUACCUUCGUCGCUCAAGGUUUUAGAACUUCUGCGGAAUUUUGGAUUACAAAUCCUUGACUCGGAUGUAUUCAAAGUGUUAACGAACUUGCAGUACCUAUACUUAAGUGAGUGUGGUUUGGAAUUGUUGCCACGCAUAGAAUUCCCUAGAUCUCUUAAGUAUUUAACCUUAGCAUUGAACAAUCUUUCAGAUGUAGAUGGGUUGCAAUUUCUGGAAAAUCAUCAAAUGAAAGCAAUCGAACUACAGUAUAACAAUUUUGCCAAUACAGAAGCUGUGGUGAAUAAGCUAAGAGAUAAAUUACGAAGGGAAUGUGACAUUGUCAUAUAA